UCGAAUUCCAAUUUCAAGCGAAAACGGGCCAAGUCGUAAAUGUGAUCUCAGCUGAUUGUCAAGUUGACAACGUUGUGUAUUGGGCUUGGGGUAUUUUCGUUGUUUGGUUUUGCUGUUUUGCUUCUAUUAGAUCUGUCCGGGUAGCAUUCCACUAUGUCUUCGGUAGUGCCGAGACCGUCGGUCUCGAAAAUCAUCCACGACAAGAGUAACGAGGAGGAACCCAAGAAGAAAUCACGCGAAGAUUGGCGGAAAGCUAAGGAGCUAGAGGAGGCUCGAAAAGCUGGCACAGCACCAGCUGCGGUCGAUGAGGAAGGUCGCGAUAUAAACCCUCACAUACCUCAGUACAUUGCUAGCGCGCCAUGGUACUAUGGGGCAAGUGGACCGACACUCAAGCAUCAACGCCCACAGAAUGAAGAAGAGGAAACAACCGUGAAAGACACGGUGAUCCACAAGAAAGGGGUGGACACAAGCAAGACUAUCACAAAGUUCAGGAAAGGGGCGUGCGAGAAUUGUGGCGCUAUGACGCACAAAAGGAAAGAUUGCCUCGAGCGACCACGGAAAGUCAUGGCUAAGUACGCGGAAGUUAUAGUAGCUCACGAUGAGUACAUUCAAGACAGCGCUCACGGUGAUUACGACGGCAAAAGGGACCGCUGGAAUGGCUACGACCCCGCAAACCACAAAGACAUUGUGGAGGAGUUCGAAAAGGUCGAGGAAGCCAAACGACAACUCAAAGCAGAGAAACUAAAGGACAAUCCAAAUGCAGAAAUUUCAGAUGAAGAAGGUGACGACGACAAAUACGUCGAUGAAGUAGACAUGCCUGGUACAAAAGUGGACUCGAAACAGCGUAUUACAGUGCGAAAUCUGCGUAUUCGUGAAGAUACGGCGAAGUAUUUAAGGAAUUUGGAUUUGAAUUCGGCUUACUACGACCCUAAAACACGUUCCAUGAGGGAUAACCCGCACCCACAAUCUAAAUCUGAAGAGUCCGAUUUUGCUGGUGAAAACUUCGUCCGGUUCACAGGAGACACACAAAAGCAUGCCAAAGCGCAAUUAUUCGCAUGGGAGGCUUACGAGAAAGGUGUUGACGUACAUCUUUUAGCUGAACCUACCAAAUUAGAACUCCUCCAACAGGAGUACGUUAAGAAGAAAGAUCAAUUUAAAUCAGCCACCAAAGACACAAUUCUAGGCAAAUACGGUGGCGAGGAGCAUCUGGAUGCACCGCCAAAAGCUCUACUGCUCGCUCAAAGCGAAGAAUAUGUGGAAUAUUCUAGAAGCGGAAAAGUCAUCAAAGGGCAGGAGAAGCAAAAGGCGAAGAGCAUAUACGAGGAAGAUGUUUACAUCAACAAUCACACAGCUGUCUGGGGUUCGUACUGGAGUGGUGGCAAGUGGGGGUACAAGUGCUGCUACUCUUUUAUUAAGAACUCUUAUUGCGUUGGAGAUAAAAACGUAGCGGUCCCAAGUGUGUUAUCUUCAAAUAGUGAAGAGUGUCCCGGUCCUUCAAACGAACCGAGCUGCAGUAAAACUCCAACUAUUGUCAGCGAUGAAGCACCUGAAUCAGAAUCCGACAAAGAAUCUGAUGAUGAAAAAGAGGAGGAAAAGGAACGAAAGUCACACAAAAAAUCAAAGAAAAAGAAGAACAAAAAGAAGAAGUCCAGAAAGGAAAAGAGCAGAGAUAAAGAAGACGAUAAACUGAAAUUGGCGCUGAGGGCGCAGGAAGAACACGAAACUACCGUCAAAGAACUAAUGAAGCUAGAUGAAAGAAAGCGACCUUUCAACAGCAUGUAUGAGUGUAAAGCACCCACAGAAGAGGAGCUAGAAGCGUACAUGAUAAAGCGAAAACGAGAUGAAGAUCCGAUGUUGGCUUUCUUGGAAAAAUGAGUCGCCCUGCAAUGAUAAACUUGUAUUUAGUUCUAUUUAUAUUUAAGCCAUAGAUUAAUUUAAUAUUCAGACAUUGUUUUCCACAAUAUCAUAGCGAGUUGAACUCCUGUGAGCG